AUGGCAGAAUCGACAACUCCAAAGCCGGAGGCGCCCAAUUACCACGGGACGCCACCCCUCGUUCACAACUUCUGCAUCGCCGCCGCCGUCGCCUCUCCGAUCCUGAUGAUCCUCCCGCCGCGGCGCAUGGAUUGGCGCUUCUUUAUGCACUCGAGCAUCUUUUCCGCCUCAACGAACCAGCUCAUGUACGAUUAUACCGGCCAGUCCAUCUACCAGCGCGUCGGCGCCCGGUUCGAGAGAAUGUUCCCCACGACCCUGCCCGAGCAGGCGCAGAGGACGAAGCAGGCCUUGCGCGAGGAGCGGAUGCGCCGCGAGGGGUUGACGGAGGAGCAGAUGCGCGCCAUCGAGUACAAGAAGCGAUCUCUCGUACAGAGGGUAUGGUACGGCAACGAGCCUGAGGAUUGGGACAAGAAGCGUGGGGAGGAGCACUCCAAAGCGCUGGCCGAGGGAAAGGGACUGGGAGACCUCAUUGUGGAGCAGGUCAAAGAGGUUUGGGAUGGCGAGAAGGGCAAGAAAGAGGAGGGCGACGGGAACAAGAAGGCAUGA